AAAACUUAACAAAGCAAUAUGAGUGAAUGUAGCUGUGGUGUAGUAUUAAAGAUCCUGGAGCUGUCUGUAGGUUUGAAACCUGGAUGUAAGGACUGUAAGACACAUGGCUAGAUCUGGUGGCUUUUCAGGGUCGUUCACAAUUUGUGCCUGUUGCCUCUUGUCCUGUUGCUGGAUACCACCAAGAGGAGCCUGGUUCCAUCUUCCUUACACCUCCAUCAGUAACGGCCUCUGCAACUGAAGAUGUCUAACAAUGGAGUUGAAACAGAAGACAAACCGCCUGCUCCUCCAAUGAGAAAUACCAGCACUAUGAUUGGAUCAGGAAGCAAAGAUGCUGGGACUUUAAACCAUGGCUCAAAACCUUUGCCUCCCAACCCAGAAGAAAAGAAAAGGAAGGACCGAUUUUACCGUUCUAUUUUACCAGGAGAUAAAACCAAUAAAAAGAAAGAGAAGGAGCGGCCGGAGAUCUCCCUCCCUUCAGACUUUGAACACACGAUUCAUGUGGGGUUUGAUGCAGUCACGGGAGAAUUCACAGGAAUGCCGGAGCAAUGGGCACGUUUACUGCAGACUUCCAACAUCACCAAGUCGGAGCAGAAGAAGAACCCCCAGGCAGUGCUGGAUGUGUUGGAGUUCUACAACUCCAAGAAGAUCUCCAACAGCCAGAAGUACAUGAGUUUCACAGAUAAAUCAACAGAGGAUUACAAUUCAUCUAAUACGUUGAAUGUGAAGGCUGUCUCUGAGACCCCUGCAGUGCCCUCAGUGUCUGAAGAUGAAGAUGAUGAAGAUGAUGCAGCUCCACCCCCUGUGAUAGCUCCACGACCUGAACACACAAAAUCUAUAUACACCCGCUCUGUGAUAGACCCUCUUCCUCCUCCUACCAGAGAUGUGGCCACCUCUCCUAUUUCUUCUCCCUCGGAAAACAGCACAACGGCGCCUGAUAUGCUGGUCAGGAACACGGAGAAACAGAAGAAAAAGCCAAAAAUGUCAGAUGAAGAGAUCUUGGAAAAAUUAAGAAGUAUUGUGAGUGUGGGCGAUCCAAAAAAGAAGUACACGUGUUUUGAGAAGAUUGGACAAGGAGCCUCGGGUACAGUUUACACGGCAAUGGAUGUGGCUACAGGACAGGAGGUUGCCAUCAAACAGAUGAAUUUGCAGCAGCAGCCCAAAAAAGAACUGAUUAUUAAUGAAAUCCUCGUGAUGAGGGAAAACAAAAACCCCAACAUUGUCAACUACUUGGACAGUUACCUUGUAGGAGAAGAGCUCUGGGUGGUCAUGGAGUACUUGGCAGGAGGCUCCCUAACAGAUGUUGUGACAGAGACCUGCAUGGACGAAGGACAAAUUGCAGCUGUGUGCCGAGAGUGUCUCCAAGCUCUGGAAUUUCUCCAUUCAAACCAAGUUAUUCACAGAGACAUCAAGAGUGACAACAUCCUGCUGGGAAUGGAUGGCUCUGUCAAACUAACUGACUUCGGCUUCUGUGCCCAGAUCACUCCUGAGCAGAGCAAACGCAGCACCAUGGUGGGGACCCCGUACUGGAUGGCACCUGAAGUGGUGACGCGGAAAGCAUAUGGGCCCAAAGUGGAUAUCUGGUCGCUGGGGAUAAUGGCCAUCGAGAUGAUCGAAGGAGAGCCCCCCUACCUCAAUGAGAACCCCCUGAGAGCCCUGUAUCUCAUUGCUACUAACGGGACUCCAGAACUGCAAAAUCCAGAAAAGCUUUCGCCCAUAUUCCGAGACUUCUUAAAUCGCUGUCUUGAAAUGGACGUGGAAAAGAGAGGUUCUGCAAAAGAGCUGCUACAGCACCAGUUCCUGAAAAUUGCAAAGCCUCUAUCUAGUCUCACUCCUCUGAUUAUUGCAGCUAAAGAGGCAGCCAAGAACAACCAUUAAAAUGGUGGAGUCAACACAGUCAUCAUGUCAAGACCUUUAGAUUUUCAUUUCACAGACUGAAUUACCUGUCCCUCUCCCCUUCUGCUCCUUCCUCACAGGGGUGUUCUUAAAACUUUGAUCUGCCCUGAAGGGUGGCAGAGGUAUUGUUCACUGAAUGUGGAAGGGCAUGCAACAGGGACAUUGCUGAUCUUACAUAGCGAACUGUCUUUCCACCCUCUUGAUGGGUGUGAGAGGGGAAGAGUAUUUUGUAUGGUUGAGAAGAUCUUCCUGAGAACGUCUGAACCUGACCUACACAUAGCAAAGCCAGUUUGUUUUCAUAUUUCUUAACUGUGUUUAUUUUUUAAAAUAACGUGGAGCCUUAGACCAUGUUUAUCUUAAUAAAUUAAUUCUUUUGCUGGUUGGACUUUUCCUGCUUUUGGCAAGCUGCUAUUACACCACUGAGGCUGCUCUGUGCUUUGGAUGACUUGAGGAGGGAAGGAAGCAGGCAGCAGAAAUGUGAACAGCUGUAACAACUGAAAGGGGAACAAGGGCGUGAAUACGCAUCCCUCCUACAGCACUGUUGGAUGCUUCGAGGGAGCAUGGAGAAGGCCUCUGUGUGCUUCCUGCGGCCGUUGGAGGACUUAAUUAAUGGAUGAUCUUUUUGCCAAAUUGUGUGAAUUGGGAGCCCCCCUCCUCCUUUAGUUUCAACUCAACUAGUUAAACAAAUCUCAAACAUUUCUGAUGUCUAGAAGGUAAAUCACAGGAAAAAUUGACAGAGAGCUCUUUUAGGGUUAUUUUGUCAGCGCUGUGAAACUUCUUAGAGACCCUUGCCCUGUAUGAUAAAGCAAACAGAGCAAUUACUGUUAUAAAGAUAAGAUGUGCCUGCAAAAUAAUGUUGAAAACUCUUGUUUCUUAGAGCAAGUCCAAUGGAAAACAAACUGAUUGUGGAUGCUGCUUUCUUGGAGACAUGGGGACGUUAAUUUUUUGAAAUGAUAGUGGUUUCGUUAUGCUACUGAUUCCUUUGGUUGCUAAUAGUCUGUAAAACAACACGAAACCUGGAACUGCUAGAGGGAUUGGUUUUAAACACUGGGCUUAUGUUCAACUGUAUACUGAUUUUUAAUAAAAUGACUGCUGCAUUUCUUAACUUGGGGCUGAGGGAGGAUUGGAGAAUUCACCGUCACCAGACAAGUCUGUUGGAUGGGAUUAUUGUUCAUAUUGUCACCAGGUGCUUGAAUGUGUUGGAUAAAGUGAUAUAACCUUGUCUCUUACCCCUUCUUCUGUAGCCCUUUGGGAUAGCAAGUGGUUCUUAAGGGAAUAACUUUGCACGUAGAGAAGAUCCAUAAAAGGUCUGUAUUAUGA